AUGUCUUCGGCCCCUCAGCUGCUCGACGCCCACCACUCCGACUCGCUCCGUAACCCCAACGCGAGCAUCAAGCGAUCCAACGCUCCCUCCAAAUCGCCCCUCGCCUCAUCCCCGUCCCUGUCCUCUUUCCUCAAGAAGGGCGCUCCCAUCGUCGCCAUCUCGCCCCCCGCUCACGCCAACACAGACAUGGUCGCUCAGAUCGACUCCACCACCGCCAACCAGGCCGGUUGGUCUGGCUUUGCCUCGAGCCCAGACAGCUCGCCCGACGUAGAGUCCCAGGCGCCCAGUCUCACCACUGGCUCCACCUCCGCCUCCAUCGAGAGCCUCGAGUCCGUCCAGGAUGCGCAUCAUCGCAGCCUCAACGCGCGCUUCAACGCAGGCAAGGGCGACGCCGCCUACAGCGCUGACGCCGGCUUCGUCUACGGCAACGGCACCGCCCAGCCUCCUACCAGCUACGACAGCAGCCAGGAUGGCGCCAAACUCAUCCACUCGGAAUUCGGCUACUGCGCCAACCCAGACUACCGCUACACCUCGGAGCACCGUCGCGGCGACCCCUUGCCCAACCCGGUCGAGGAGGAGCCCAGCUACUUUACCGUCCUCACCACCUACAUCUCCUACAUCAUCCUCAUCCUCAUCGGCCACAUGCGCGACUACGUCGGCAAGCGCCUCUUCCCCAAGUCGUACCACCACCUCAUGGAGCGCGACGGCUACGCCGCCCUCAACUCGGAUUUCGACAGCUUCUACACCCGCCGCCUCAAGGCACGCAUGGACGACUGCUUCAGCCGCCCCGUCACCGGCGUAUGCGGUAGGACCGUCGUCUGCCUCGACCGCGUCGCCCUCGACUACUACUCCACCUUCCGUCUCACGGGCGAAAAGACGCGCGCGCUCAACAUCAGCGCCUACAACUACCUCGGCUUCGCCCAGUCGCACGGCGGCUGUGCCGACGCCGUCGAGGAGUGCCUGCGCACCUACGGCGUGAGCAGCUACGGCAACCGCCUCGGCGCCGGUCACCUCGACCUCCAGCAGCAGACCGAGAAGCUCGUGGCGCGCUUCAUGGGCAAAGAAGACGCCGUGGUGAUCAGCAUGGGCUUUGCCACCAACUCUACCACCAUCCCCGCCAUCGCCGGGCCCGGAACGCUCAUCAUCUCGGACGAGUACAACCACAGCUCCAUCCGCUUCGGCGCGCGUCUGAGUGGCGCGCACAUCCGCCAGUACAAGCACAAUGACAUGAAGAAGCUCGAGUCGCUGCUGCGCGAGUGCAUCAGCCAGGGCAUGCCGCGCACGCACCGUCCGUGGAAGAAGAUCCUGCUCAUCGUCGAGGGCCUCUACUCGAUGGAGGGCACGCUCGUCAACCUGCCCGAGGUGAUGCGCCUCAAGGAAAAGUACAAGUUCCACCUGUACGUCGACGAGGCGCACUCGGUCGGAGCCAUCGGUCCCAAGGGUCGCGGCGUGUGCGACUACUUUGGCGUCGACCCGGCCAAGGUCGACAUCCUGAUGGGCACGUUUACCAAGUCGUUUGGUGCGGCCGGUGGCUACAUUGCGGCCGACAAGACGAUCAUCGACCGCAUCAGGCUCACCAACCACGCCAACGUGUACGGCGAGACGCUGUCGCCGCCCGUCUUGACGCAGAUCGUGGCGUCGAUGGCGUCGAUCAUGGGUGUGGGUCGCAACCCGGACGAGAUGGCGCUGCUGCCUAGCUGGGUUCAGCUUCCGCGUCCGCUGCUCGAUGGCAGCGAGGGUCGCGAGAGGUUGCGUCGUCUUGCGUUCAACGCGCGCUACCUCAGCAGUGGACUUCGCAAGCUCGGCUUUAUCGUUUAUGGCCAUCGCGACUCGCCGAUUGUGCCGCUGCUCAUCUUCCAUCCGGCCAAGAUGUCGUUGUUCUCGCGCAUGAUGCUCGACCGCUCGGCGGUGCUGCCUCCGUCGCAGCGAUUUGCGGUGGAGCAGUCGGACAUGUCGAGCGACGAGCUCAAGGCGAUUGAGGAUCCGGCGAAUCCGGCCAACAUUGAGCGUCCUGCGCGUCCGCCGAUUGUGGUGGUCGUGGUGGCGUAUCCUGCCACGCCGCUCAUUUCGUCGCGCGUGAGGUUCUGUGUGAGUGCAGCACACACCAAGAAGGACAUUGACGACGUGCUGCGCGCCUGCGACGAGGUCGGCUCGCUGCUGCAUCUCAAGUACGGCUCCGGCGGUCCCGGCGGAAGGUGGAGCGUGGACAAGGUCAUCGACAGGUGUCUUGACUUGGUGCACUGGAACGGAGAGGAUGCCAUCAACUAA